CUACGAAUGGUGGAAACGCACCGAUGAGAGUAACGAAACCCCGAAGCCAUGGAAGUGGGAGUUCUUCGACUGGGCUUUCAGGAAAUAGUAUAUCCCAACACGUUUCCGUGAAGUGAAACGUACCGAAUUUGUUGAGUUGCAACAAGGGGAGAUGACGCUUCCCGAAUAUCGCCAAAAGUUUUCCAGUCUUGCCAAAUUUGCACCACCGUUGGUAAGCACCACAACUGACCGUAUUGAGGAGUUCAGGUCAAAACUCCGACCUAAUCUCAGGGCUCAAGUAUCUGUCAUACCAACGGUAGACUUCACGGAAGCCUAUGAUCUGAUUGCUAAAGCAGACAAAGAUCUGAAUGCUUGUAAGGAGUACUUGAAGAAAGAAGGUGCUAACACAAGUGAACGUCGACCUACAAAUUCUGUCCCGAGUGGGAAAAGACCAUUUGAAGGACCCAGCAGCUCACACUUCUCCAAGAAGGGGAAAUCUGUACAAACCCAAUCAGAGGCAUCUGGCAACAGGUCAAAGGGAUGGAAAAACCCAGCGUGUAAUAUGUGUGGGAGACACCAUCCUGGGGAAUUUUGGCUUGCUCAAGGACUAUGUCUCACUUGUGGAAAGCCGGGGCAUUUCCGAAAGAAUUGUCCCACAAAUCCUGGAGAGCCAUUUCCACCUGCUCCUGUCACCAGUCAGGCAGCAUCGGCACAUCCCGCUCCAAGUCAACGCUCUACAUCAGGAUCCAAUCCUGCUAAAAAUCAAAAUCAACAACAAGGACGAGCGCCUGCCCGCACCUAUGCAAUGAAAGGAUGUACUGAAGAGAACCCUGACGUCAUCCAGGAGCAGAGGAAUCGCCGGGAGCUUCGCCGGAUAUCGCCAGGGUUCUUUGCCGGAAUCUAGUCGCCACUUAGAUUCUUUGUCGAUCCAAUCGAGGUGAGUGAAUUAUCUCUCGUUAGAAUUGAUUCGUAGAUUAGGAUCCGUUAGUAUAUUUUUGUGCAAUUGAUGCUGGAUUUGUGAAUUGAAUUGUUGAAUUAAUUGGGUGAUUGAGUUUGGAAUUGGGGACAUUCUGUUAUGAUCUUUUCUCUGUCCUUCUCUGCUCCCUUGUCCUUUAGUUCUAGUUUUUUCCGUUUUGCCUGGCCGUCUUCACACUGCCGUUUUCCGGCGAGGGUGCUACGGUUGUUGUGUGUUCGCUGAAAUCGUCGAGGCACCCUACUAUCCAUAGUUUCUGCUGGCUGCUGUCGCUGAGCCUCGCCGUUGCAAUCCAGUGAGGAGUCACUGUUGGGUGGCGCUACUUCUUACCGCUAGAUCUUGUUUUUUUCUCCAAUGGAAUUAAAGUGUUAGGUUUUAUAAAUCUGCAAACAAGCCCUCUUCUAUCCUAUGCCUCUAGAUUAUAAUUUAAGACUACAAACUAAUCUAAGUCAUUGUCUAAACUAAAAAGUUACGUAAAGACAAUUAUGUGAUUGAAUUGGGUUAUGGGAACAUGUCUCCUAGUAUAUCUAGGAAAGUUUGAGUUAAACUGAAUUCAUAAGGAUUAAGAUUAAGGAUUUAGGCCUGGUGGGGCGAGCUUCGCAUAACUCACAGGUCUUGGGUUAAAAACGUACGUACGGGAGUCAUUAGCCUACCUAGGGAUUCCUUUGUAGGGGCUCCAACCCGCCCAUUGAGGAUUCUGUUGGAGUUGUGCCCUGAUGGCUAACUGUUUAUCAUUAUUCUAUUAUGUAUAGGCAGAUAUAAUAUGUUUACACAUCUCAUGCUAAUGCAAACAAAUAUUAUAUUCCUAGAUUUAUAUUUAAAGAUGUUUAUCAGAUAGUGUUAUUCUGUUGAUGAGACUAACAUCUUGAAAUAAAUAUUUAUCUAAAUGUCCAUAGUCGAGUAUUAACGAGAGUGGGAUAUCGUUAAUGCAUGUGAGACUAGUGUGUGUUGGAUGUUUGACUUAGUCUCAUGGUCAAUGACGGUGUGUUCGCAUCCGCACAUGGGCAGAUAUUAUCUAGAGAUAAUAGGAUGCCGGACUGACCCAUUCUAAAGAUGUUGCUUGAAUUUUUAGUUCAUGCUCUAAGCAUCUUUAGCGCGACCACGGGUGUAACUAUCCUUCGACUUGAAGUAUUACGUUUUCUGCAUAUGUGAACCCGCAUACUUUGAUGCAUUGUCUUAAGCCAUAUGAAAUAAGGAUGGUAUACAGGCUUUGUUUUGGGUAUGCCGCAGCGCGUAUUCAGAAACGUAGAUUACGUACACAGGAUUUGUCACUACUCUUUUUAAAGAUAUUAAUGUCUUAUGGGGCCCACUGAUAAGUUAUGACUAAGGAAAUUGCAUGCCCAUGCUGAGAUGCUUUUAUGACGUUUGUUCCUAUUAGUCGGACUUGAUAAAUCAGUGAAUGACUUAAUGGAUACAAGUUGGAUUUUAUUAAUCCCUUGCAUUGAGUUUAGACAUUGAGACAAAGGGAUACAGUUACACGGAGUCUGAGUCGUGGAAAGGUUUUGACGGUGCAAACGUCUUAACUUAUAAUCUGGGGGCAAUAAUGUGUUGCUAGAUACCGCUUAUUGCUUAUAGUAUUGGUGCAGAGUCAAUACUGUGGCCAGCUUUAUAAGUGCCUAUACGGGUCACACACUUUGGACAAUUUAAGAAGUAGGAUUAAACAAUGGGAUAAUAA